CGCACUUUUGAUGGCGUUGAUAUGGCUGCCGCACGUCUUCCUGUCGGCAUUUCUUCUUCCUCGUGUUCCCUCGUUUUAGCUUGAUCUCGUUGCUUCUCUUUGGACUGGUGACAGCUUGAGUUAAUUCGAUAGUGAUUUAUCGUGAAUAAUUAGAAAGGAAUUGUUUGACGACGAAGCAAAAGAGAAUUUGGAGAAAAUGGGUAAAACAAAACCAGAGAAAAAUAAAAAUUUAAACAGUGCAAAGCAAUUGCAUAUAAUAAAUGGUUUGGUAAAAAAGGACAAAAACUCUAAAUUUAAAAUAACACCAGGAGGCAAGGCAUCUUUUAAUAAUUCAAAAACACAGAAACAAAAUUCACCACCUCAGAAAAAUUUCCAAAAAGGUGCAGGUGUAAAUAAUAAUCAAAAUUUAUCUAAGAAUAUUGUAAAGAAUAAACAAAAUUUUCCAAAUGCACAAAAUAAAUCAACCAAUAAGAAAAUUAAUUUGAACCUUAAAAAGUUGGAAGAAACCAAUGAUUCCAAUUCUGAUGAUUCCAAUUCUGAUAUUGAUGAAGAAAUGAUAACAAAAGAGGCUGUUGGUCAAAUUAAAUCGGGUGAAAAAUUUGAGGAUUCUGAAGAAGAGUCUGAUACAAAUAUCCUAAGUAUCCUUGGAAAAAGUUUACAAGAUAAAUCGGAUGAAGAUGAUGAGGACUUUUAUGAAAUAGUGGAAAACGAGGAUUCUUCUGAUGAUUCUGAAUUUAAAGAUGAUGAUGCUUCUUCAGAUGAUAGUUCUGAUGAUUUUAUAUUUCUUGAUAAGAAGACUGGAAAAAAUAGUGUACAAAAAAAUGUAAGAGCGUUUGAAAAUAAACAUUCAAAAAAGAAUGAUGACAAGGAUAAUAAAAAUAAAAGUGAUAAAAAGAAAUUGUCUCAAUUAAUUAUAAAAGAUGAUGAAGAUGAGGAAAAUAAUGAAGAUGAUGAAGAUGAGAAUGAAUCAGAUGAAGAUGACAAGGAAGAAAAAAAUAAGGAUGACAAUAAAAACUGUUUUCAUGAUGAUGAGCUAGUUGAAGCUCAGUUUUUAAAACUGUUAAAACGUUUCGAAGCAAAAGAGAUGGAUAAAUUUAAGAAAUAUGAAGAUAAAUCAUACGAAGACACAGACGAAGAUGACUUAGACGAAGAAGACUUAGACAAAGAAGACUUAGACGAAGAAGACUUAGACGAAGAAGACCUAGACGAAGAAGACCUAGACGAAGAAGACUUAGACGAAGAAGAGAAUGAGGAUUCAGCGCCAGGUUUAAAAGCACUUUUAGGAAAUAGUAUUGCAGACGAGGAUGACGAUGAAGAUUUUAAUGAAGAAGAUGAGGAUGAUGAAGAUGAUGAUAUUAGUGACGAAGAUGAAGAUGAUGAAGAGAAUGAUAAUGUAGUAAAAGUUGAUAAUGAUAAUGUAGCAAAAGAGAAAGUAGCUAAAGCGUCCAACAACAAAGAUAUUAAAGAACAUAAACAGGUAAAAGGAAGGAAAGAAGAAUUGUCUUCUGAAGAAAAAGAAGAGAUUAACAAAAGAACUAUUGUUAUUCAUAAUGUUCCGAAAGACACAGGAAAAGCAGAUAUAAAAAAAGUAUUUGGUGUAUUUGGGCCAAUUGAGACUUUUCGUUUUAGAGGUAUUAUUCCUGAAAAUCCAAUAAUGUCUAAAAAAGUAGCUUAUAUAAAAAAGCUGAUUCAUCCAAAUGUACGUACAGUUGUAGUGUACAUUAAGUACAAGUCUCAAGAGUCUGCCCAAAAGGCACUUAGCAUGCAUGGAAAGGUAUUUCGAAAGAAUAUUAUAAGAGUACAAACAGUUCAGGACGUUGAAAAAAAAGAAUAUGAUAUUAAGAGAGCUGUUUUUAUUGGAAAUUUGAAUUUUAAGAUAGAUGAGAACCUCAUGUGGAGAUACUUUAUGCAUUGUGGAGAGAUAGAGUCUGUACAUUUAGUCAAUGAUAAAGUAACAGGUCGGUCCAGAGGAUUUGGUUAUGUCUAUUUCAAAUCUGAAAGCGCUGCAGCCAUCGCUCUACAAUUAGAUGGUCUUUGUAUUAUGGAAAGAAGCAUACGAGUAAGACCAUGUUUAAGAUCCGAACAAAUGGGAGGAAAACGAGCUUCUUCAAAUAACGAUGAUGGUAAUCCAUCAAAAAAAUUCAAGAAUAAUUUGGAAAAACCUGUAACACGUAAAGCUGAAAACGAAGGAAAUAUUAACAAAAAUAAAAAAAUAAAGAAAAAUAAGGGAAAAUCCGAAGAACAAAACUCAGUUUCAUUUCAAGGUCAAAAAGCCAAUUCUAAAAAUAAAAAGAAAACAAAUAAAUUCGAUAAGAAAAAAAAGAGAAUGGCACAAAAACUUACAGCUAAAUCAACUAAACCAGUAAAGUUUAAACCAAUAAUGUUACGAUAUAUUUUAGUUUCUCGGACGCAGUUUUAAGAUACUUUAUAUUCUAAGACAAGAGAUCUAUUGUAUCCAUUUAAACGAUAAACAUUAGUUCUCGGAUAGGAAUUGAGAUAUUACAAUUAACACAAAUAAUUAUAAUGGCAUGUAUAAAUAUAUUCUUUUUCUUUGUAUUAUUAGAACAAUCAUUAAGUUGUCAUUAUUUAAUAAAUAAAUACAUAUUUCUUUAA